GUUAUGGCUGCUCCCCGCUUACCCUUGGUGACGGUAACGCUAAAGCAGUUCGUGAGAAGGCUACAAGUUCUCCUUCUCUACAGAAGGAUUUUGCAAGCAAUUCGGCAAGUUCCAAAUGACUCUGAUCACAAAUACCUGAAGGACUGGGCAAGGGAAGAAUUCAAAAGGAACAAAAGUGCCACUGAAGAGGUUACAAUCCGGAUGAUGAUUACUGAAGGCAAUAUACAGCUCAAGGAGUUAGAAAAAACACUUGCUUUAGCAAAACCUUAACUAUAGCAUUUUGAAGGAUUUUAAAGUUUCCAUGCAUUUUGUUGACUUUGGGCUUAACAAUGGGCAGCCUGAAGCCAAGUCUUGCUGUUUGUAUGUACAGU